AUUAAGUGUGAGUAAAAGGUGUCCACUUUUUUUAAAGUCUUGAUUUUAGUUUUGUCUUGGAUAGUAUUUGGCAAGAUUUAGCCUAGAAAGUAUGUAGUGUUUAUUACAUAAGAAUCAAAUGACUUUGUUACUGGGCUGCUUUUGAAACUCAUUUCUGUAUAUCAAAAUAAUUUAAUUUUUUACAAAAAAUUUAAUUCUUAAAUGGUAAAUAAAUGUACCAUUCAUUGUGAGUGAAAUUUCAUCUCCCCCCAAAAUUUACCCUUUUACCAGCUGGAGUGAAGUCCUUAGCUCUAACCAUCAGUAGUAAAGAGUUUGGAACUAGUGUAUCAGCAAGCCAUUGCAGGGCCAGCGUUGAAGAAUGCCGUGCCAGUGAUGCUUGUGUUGCUAGAAAGGAAGAAAACUAGCUUCCUUUGGCAUCUCUGGGCUUUGCCCGAGCUGGUUCAGAAUGGCUCUACUGCUGCUCUGCCUUCCUCAGCUCUCCGCCCCACUCUGUAGUUACUCUGUAACUGUACACUUCUACCUUUUUUGGUUAAACCCUCCCUGAUAAUGGUUGUUAUACAUACCAUAUACCUUGACAUAUAUAUCAAUACAUCCAUAUAUAUAUGGGUUUCUCUUCAUCUUGAUUUUGUGGCUGGGUAAAAUUUAGUAACGUUAACUUCAUGGUACUUUGGUAUGAGUAAGUUCACUAUUUUUAUAUUGAACUCAAAUCUGAAGGCUUUUAUAUUAUAUUUUAAAAGGAUAAUUACCCAAAUGUUUUAUUUCUAUACAUUUGUGUGUGUGUGUAUAAGCCUGUUCGUAUAUAUGUAUAUGCAUAUUAUACAUAAAACACUUUAUAUUUUUACAUACAGUAUGCUUUUAUUAUACAGAUAAUAAAGAUGGGGGAAGGUUUCUGUUUUUUUUCUUAAUAGGUGAAG